AUGGCCGACGCCGCAUCUCUGCCAUCGGCAAUUGCCCACUUCCGCAACCACCAAUGGGCCAAUUCCCUCCUCUCCUCCGAGGACUACACCCCAAUCCCCACGGACUCCCGCCGAGUUAAACCCAGCGGGGAAGACGGAUUCUUCGCCGCAACGAUAAAGACCCCGUCUACCAUCCCACACGUCCUCACCCUCCAACGCCGCACUCUCAGUACCCCGUCAUCAACACCACCCACCUGGCUCCCCGCAACGAAGAACGAUGCCGCCGGCGCAUCGGGUACCCCGACACCGGGCGCCAACCCGGCGGAUAUCAUCAUGAUCUAUGACCUCGGCGGAUCGGGGAUCGCGGGACACCCGUCCACCGUGCACGGGGGCGUUGUCGCGGCCUUGAUCGACGAGGCGAUGUCGCUGGCUGUGGCGGCGCAUGCUUCGGUGCCGGUGCAGAUGUCUUCGGGCCUGGUCAAUGAGAAUCCUCGGGGGAAGACGUUCACAGUGCAGUUGGAUGUGCGGUAUAAGAAGCCGGUGACAACGCCGCAGGUGUUGGUUGUGAGAGCGAGGGUUGUAGCGCGCAUUGGGAGGAAGUAUUGGGUGAGGGCGCAGGCUGUGCAGGAGGAUGAGGCGGGUGCCGGGGGUCAUCUGGAGUGGGCGAAGAGGAAGGUUGUGAAGAUUGAUGCAAUGGCUUUUUGGAUUGUUACAUCUGAGCAGAGGCUGUAG